UUUAUUGGGAAUAUAUAUACACAUAAUCAUAUCAUGAAUGUGAAAUUUUAGUCUAUUUUAUAAAUAUUUUAGUUUUUUUCUUUUUCUUUUUUUUGCAAUAUUUGAAAAUUUUCUUGUAUAUAUGGAAUCACUCCACGAGUACGCAUCAUCUACGCCAUUCUUUUUGAGUUUCUAAUUCUCGCGGGGAAUGAACGAUCGACUUGCUCUCCAAUUCCCUCAUCGUUCCCCAUCUCUAAGCCAUUUCCCUUCGCUUCGCGACCAAUCUGCUCUACGUUUCAGUUUCAGCUUGUGUUUUCUUUCUCUUUCUGUAUUGCCUACUCUUCUUCUUGUUCCGGCUCCGGCCAAUAUCUCCGAUCAACGCAUCGUCGAAUUGUAGAAUGUCGAAUUCCAUGUUGAAUGAAGCAGAACCGAAGGAACUGCGCGAUGAGUCCGAUUUUGAAGUCAUCUUCUCCGACAGCGAUUAUAUUUCCGUUUCUGGCUUUGGUUCUCUCCUCUCUGUGAGGAGUGCUCGAGGUACCUUUCCUGAACUGAUCAACUUUAGAGUGGCCAGAUUGAACGGCUUCAGACGUUUUUUCGGACAUGUAGCUCCUAUAUUCUUUGAGCGCGGCAUUGCUAAACCCGAAACAAAGGAGAUUUCCAGCUUGUGUUCGGAGCCUUGCGAAGAAGAAAAUAUCAUCAUUACGGUUUUUGAGAUUAAGAAGUCUGAGAUUCCGGCGUUUAUACAGAGAGAGAUUGAGUUUCGAUUUCUUGCUGUUUUUCCUGAAACAUUAGAUGGAAAGAUUUAUGAUAAACCAGCGGUGCUUUGUUCAAGGUUCACCGAUGAGGAGUUUUUCCAAGUGAGAUGCAAAGGGAAUAAGGACAUUCUUUUUCAUCAUUAUGGUCGUCAUAAUAUUGAUAAGAUAUGGAGAGAUGACAUCUUACCAUGUCGCGUCUAUCUUCGACACUGCUGCAAAAAACCUGGGUGAAAUAGCUUAUAACAACUUUCUGGAUCACACUUUCCUUGGAGAUCGUAGGACAACCGUUCGUGAAUAUUUGACCCGUUACGAUUCAGGCAUUAUGGAAGAGGAGCCUCCAGAAUCUGUCAAGUUCCGGUAUGAGGGUUGAUAUUGUUAAACAAAAUCACUGCAAAGGCUUAUAGAUCCUUGAAAUCUUUGAGAGGUACAAUCUUAACAUACUGUUUUUAUGCUGCGCUUGUAAACAAUAAUUUAUAUCUUAGCAACUGAUUUAAAAUCUUUAAUGAAGCCAAACCAUCCAUGAACUGAACUAUAAUAUUAAGGUAAAUAAUUUUGCUUUUUUUUCUAUGAUUCCACCCUGUUUGAGUGUGUAAACUUAACAUGUUACUUUUGUGGUGUGCUUGUAAACAUUAAAAAACCAAACAAUUGGUUUGUUACACACACACACACAUAUAUAUAUAUUGUAAACUUAAUAUGGAUGUAUGUAUGCAUAUA